GAUCAGAUAUACCCCUGGCCCUCGCCAACUUCCGCUGGAGGCACGAUUCAUGCAAUAUAGUAGGUCUUACCAGCGUGGCCCAUCUCCCAAAUUCGAGUCGCAGACGGUUGCGUAUUCGGCGCCUCUUCACUUUGCCUGAACUCGCUUUGUAGCAAAGUUGAUCGCUGACAGCUGCCCGUUGCAGUCCCCUGGUGCAGACUUUGGCUCUUUCCACCGCAGCCAAUGGCCCCGACAGACCUUCCAGCGUUCCCGCUGUGGCUAGAGUCUGUUGGACGUUACUUGAUGGCCGCAGGGCCGGACCCGACAGAGUGGAUCCAGUCGGUGCAUGCUCUCGUCCGAUCAUAUGAUUUUGGGAUACACCAUGUUAUUCGAGCCAUACAUAAGACCUCUUAUUCAGGUGUUCGCGAGUUUCACGUACUAGCUGACGAUGGCCUGGAUGGAGAACCGGGUGUCUCUUUUACCAUGACUGCUUUCAAUUCGCUCUCUGUUCAGCAGCACCGGGCGGCAGCGUACCUGUUCCGUGGUUUGUCGAAACUAGAGCUGAAUUUCUCUAGCUGCCUGAUUGCGCAUGAUGAGACUGUUUUCUCCCUGCACCAUCACUCCGGAGAACGACGACAGCAGCUUGCGCAGCUUGCCGCCCUAUUGAAAGGAGCGAAGUCUCUGACAGAACUGGGCCUCCAUUUCUCUGACAGACCCGGCCUCCUAGACGACAUUGCUGUUUUCACAAUGUUCAUGUACCAGCAUGAACUGGAAGAUGAUCCGCCGCGUUGCCUUCUAACAUGGAUUGGGUUCGAUACAACAUGGCCGAAGCUACGAUCAUUGACCCUGACCGGCGCGUUCACCGUGGAGGAUACCUUGGUGGCAUUCAUUAAGCGACACGCCGCCACACUGCAUCAAGUCAAGUUCAAUUACUGCUGUCUCAUGGUAGGCACUUGGGCCAAUUUUGUCGACGAGGCGGUUUCCCGUCCAAGCAUACACGCGUUUACGUUGAAUGGAGUCCAUGAAUAUGCUACCCCUGGAGAGGAAGAAAAUAUAACACGUAUGGAGAAAAGCACUAGAGCGGAAUUGCUGUACAGAGGUGCAAUUGAAAUCGACGCGGAAGGCCACCGUUACUUUAAAUCCACAAGUACCAGGUCCGUCUAUGUGACUCGGAACGAUUCUGGGAGUCUUUGAACUUCCCUAAGAGGCACGGGGACGACGUACGACGAGUAUAUUCCACUUUAGACUUGAAGUCUUGCAGGUUAACUUCUGUUCCGUGAAAAUCCAGCGAUCUAUAUUUACACUCGUGCAG